AGCCACCUUUGUCCAAACCUACCCAAAAGAACCUUCGCGAAAUUCAAACCAGACCCCCGCUUCUUCAAUCUUCGUUAUCGUUCUAGGGUUUUCCUAGAUUUCAACCACCAAUUCCUCCAUUCAAUUGCAUCCAUCUCUUAUCUGUAUUCGGACAGUUUUUUUUUUUUUUUUUUUUUGAAUCCAUUGCACAACAUGGAGGGAGGUGCGGCGGCAGCGGCGGCGACGGCGGCUGGGAAGGAUGGGGAAUCAUCUUCAUACACGUACUGGGUUCGAGGGGCGAGCCUCGAUGCGGCGCCUCUGCCCGUACCGAAGAAGAUUGAACCGGCGGAUCUCUCCAAUCAACCCAACCAAACCCAUCUCGGCUCCGCCUGGAACCGGGCUGGAACGUGGGAGGAGAAAAAUUUAAAUAAAUGGGCUACUGAUAGGAUUAAGGAGUUGCUUGUGACUAUGGGGUCGGUGGAUUUCUCUGGUGGUAAAGCAGAAAUUGCAGAAGUCACGAGAUGCUCUGGAGAUGCUUUCUUGGUUACUGUUCGAAACAAGAAACGGGUCGGCUAUACCUACGAGUUAGCCUUAAAAGUGAAAGGUGAAUGGCAAAUUGGAGGGGAGAAUAAGAAGAUGAAAUGCCACAUAGAUGUACCGGAAUUCUCCUUUGGUGAGCUCGACGACUUGCAGAUUGAAGUGAAGCUUAGCGAAGAGAAGGAUGUUCCACAACAGGAUAAGGUACGGAUUAUCAAGGAUUUGAAAUUAUUUUUGCAGCCUCUUCGCGAGAAACUGCUUCAGUUUGAGGAGGAACUCAAAGAUCGUUAGGGGACGACAUUUAAAUUUUCCGAUUUUCUGUGGUGGGCUGAUUAAAUUAAAGUAUUUGGCUUACUUGGAUAUUUAAUUUAGAUUGUACUUUUUUUAAUUUUUAGUUGAUCAAGAAAAUGAACACGAGAAGUCUUCUAUAUGUUCUUGUAAUGAAAACAAUGGAGCUUCAGAUUACUACCUAGUACUUCGGUAAUGUCAUUUUCUGGGCCAUAAUAAAAAGGGUAAAUUA